GCGGGGAGCGGUGUGUCCUGUCCGUGGACGAGCGGGAGGGAGAGGCUCAGAGGGCAGCGCAAGCAAAAGGUCCAGCGCCAAUCGGACAAAAUUCUCCAUCGCUCGACGAAAUUCUGUCCUCCCUCUCCUCCUCGUCUCUUCUUCAUCACCUCUCCCCGGGACCUCGUCUCGGCUCCUCUUCACUCUCCUCCGCUUCAAUUUCCCGGGCCAGCUGCGCAGGUGCUCGGGGUCUGAGGCGUCGAAGGGUCUGACAGCGAGGGUAGUGCCUGUGUUGCUCGUCGAGUUCCUGCGGGGUGGUGGAGGAGUGGAGCAGAAAUGUACACGAUUACUGGAGGGCGGGUCUCGGUAGCGGGAGUUGCCGAGGCUGCGCCAAAGCUGCAGCAGCAGCGAUCGGACAUUUUGGAAGGCGAAGGAUUGCGCUCGCGUCGAGUGGACCUAGGUCGAUUCGCGGCAGCUGCGCCCCAAAGAGUUGUGUCUCGGAAUCUGGAAGUGCGUGCUGGUGUGGGCAACACCUUUGGGAAUGUUUUUAGAGUGACCACUUACGGUGAGUCGCACGGAGGAGGUGUGGGAUGCAUCAUCGAUGGGUGCCCUCCGAGACUACCUCUAACGGAGGUGGACAUGCAAUUCGAGCUGGACAGAAGAAGGCCCGGCCAGAGCAGAAUCACUACUCCUCGAAAGGAGACAGACACCUGCAAAAUUUUGUCUGGUGUCGCUGAUGGUCUUACGUUAGGGACUCCGAUUGCCGUGGCCGUUCCCAACACCGAUCAACGAGGAGGGGAUUACUCAGAAAUGUCCCUUGCGUACAGGCCUUCUCACGCUGAUGCCACAUACGACUUCAAGUACGGAGUACGUGCGGUUCAGGGUGGUGGCCGAUCUUCCGCUAGAGAAACUAUCGGACGAGUUGCGGCUGGUGCAGUUGCCAAAAAGCUACUCGAGCAACAUACUGGCACCCAAGUUUUGGCCUAUGUCUCCCGAGUGCACGGAGUGGAGCUACCAGAAGGGCUCAUAGAUCACGACAAACUCACGAUGGAGCAGAUUGAAGCCAAUAUCUGUCGUUGCCCGGAUCCUGAAGUGGCAGUAAAGAUGAUCGCCGCUAUCGAUGCAGUGAGAGUAAAGGGAGAUUCCGUCGGAGGAGUAGUAACUUGCAUUGCCAGAAAUGUUCCUCGGGGACUCGGAUCACCGGUAUUCGACAAACUUGAGGCUGAGCUAGCCAAAGCAGUCAUGUCCUUGCCAGCAACGAAAGGUUUUGAAAUUGGCAGCGGAUUUGCAGGCUCCCUCAUGACAGGAUCCGAGCACAAUGACGAGUUCUACAUUGAUGAAGCGGGCAGCAUACGCACGCGCACGAAUCGAUCUGGUGGAAUCCAGGGUGGAAUCUCAAAUGGAGAGACAAUUGUUAUGAAGAUUGCCUUCAAGCCAACCUCUACAAUAACUAGCACCCAAAAAACUGUAACUCGAGAUAAGCAGGAGACUGAGCUUAGAGCUCGUGGUCGUCAUGAUCCAUGUGUCGUUCCCCGAGCUGUGCCUAUGGUGGAGGCGAUGGUGGCUCUUGUGCUGGCAGAUCAGCUACUUCAAAAUUACGCCCAAUGUCAACUGUUCCCCGCAGACCCGAUCUUGCAGGGAACAGAGUCAGCGAAAAGAGCAGCUACUCCCAUGGAAGAGGCCGCCAUGUACAGCGAACAAUGAUUCUGGUGUAGUCGGCUAUAUCCGAAAGACAGGCUGGCACCCAAGGACCAUGUAGUAUACUUACUGGGUCGAGGGCAGCCUUCGUCGUCCUUUACUUCACGAAGGAGUGCGCGAAAGGAGCAGCCACCGCUGUGCGCUCUUUAUAGUGUCCUCGUAGAUUUAUCACUGGUCCACUCGUAUUUGUAAUUUUACAGCCGGGGUCUCGAUUAUUCAUUCGCUGCCUGAAAUAGCUCUCUUAUAAGCAAGGACGGGAUGAUUCCUUGCACGAUUAUUUUAACAGUCGACUCGAAGGACUGAUUGAGAAGGUAGUCUAGGUACUCAAAUAAAGAAAGCUAGUAGCCGGUAGCCGUCAGCCAGGGACGGAGCCCUUCAUCAGUAUAUGCCUUUUCCGCCUGAAAUUCGAUGACUCACACGCACUCGAGUGUAUGUAUUUUUAUGAGCAAAUUUCUGAUGCGCC